GAGAGAGAGAGCAGCUUCAUAAUCUACAGGCAACGAGCAAGGGCGGCGGAGACAAACAUGGAAUCCUUUGUCGUAUUUAUGCAGCAAUGGUUCGGUGAAGAAUUAAUUCAACUGACGCAAGGACAUGAGGUAGUAAAGUGGAUCGAGUACGAAUUGGAGACGCUUAUACCUCAGUUGGAAAUCACCGAUUCCGAUUCCGACCAAAACGACUUGACAAAUAUCAUCCGCAAAGCGCAGGUCCUCGCCGAGACUUACAACAAGAGGGUGAUGCAGGGAAAGGCUGAAAAUUUCAGGAACCCAUUCAAUAUCAUCAUAAUAGGUACUGACUCAAGGAAGCUGCACAAAAUCCGCGACGAGAUCACCCAAGCCAGGCAAAAAUUCUUGAAAUCUGCCAAACACGCGCGCCUGGUAUCGCCCCUCUCGGCGCCGGAAAACCAGCAACGGAUACCCUUUUACCUGAGGCGUUGCAUCCAUUACUUCGUUCUCUUUCUCCGCGACGUCGAAGUCCCCGCGAGAAGACUGGUGGCCCUGUGGAUUGCGGAAGGCUUUGUUCAUUCCAAGAAGCACGACAACGAAUCCGAAGAGCAUAUCGCGCAGCGGUAUCUUGAUGAGCUCAUAAAUCUGGGUAUCAUUGUCAUCAAACCCAACCCCAUCGGGAAGGUGAAGACCUGUGCGAUCGCCGCCGCCAGACGAGACGCGGUGUUGGAGGAAGCUACUAAAGCACUCCAAGACAGGGAUGGUGAGAUACGGCGGCAGCUGGUCGUGGAUCGCAACGGCAACGACGCCGCCACCGCCCUUCAAAUCGAUGGGAAACCGAAAAAAAAACUUUUAUCGCGAGUUUACCGAGACGUCACCACCUUGCUUUCGUUCAAUACUCAAGAGGGAAGCAAACCGGGGAAGGACAUAGGCGAUUUCCUCCGCAAAUGCAUCUCGGCCCGCUGCUUCAUCUGGCUGAAUGUGCUCGAUUUGGAGCGCGUGUUCCGGCCAAGGCUACCCGACACGCUCGGUGCGCUCAUCGCGUUGAAGUAUCUAGGGCUGAGGUGGACGUAUCUGGAGAAGCUCCCGGGCACCGUCGACAGAUUGCUCAACCUGCAAGUGCUGGACGUGAAGCACACGUACAUAAGCGUUCUGCCCAGUUCGCUGUGGCGGAUGGAGUAUCUGCGCCAUCUGUACCUGAGCGAGGCUUACCGCACCAGGUUUCCCAAUCCGACAUCAAAGGUGACUCUGACAGCUCUUCAAACGCUUUGGGGCGCCUUCGUUGACAAGGACACCCGCGUGAAGGAGGGAUUGGAUAGACUGCUAAACAUUCGGAAGCUGGGAUUGUCGUGCAGGUCGAGGGCAUCCGGAGAUACCCAAAUGGCGGCCCAGUUGGAGGCUAUCGACAAAUGGAUCUCGCGUCUCAAGCAUCUGGAGACUUUAAGGCUGAAAUCACGGGACGAGAACAACGAAGCUGCGGAUCUGCAUUUAACCUCGUUGGAGAGGAACCAGAAUCUCUCCACGGUUUACUUGCUGGGGAAGUUGAAAAUCUCUUCCAUCCUCUGUGAACUCCCUGCUUGCCUCAUUGAUAUUACGCUUUCGGGUUCAGAGCUGAAUCUGGACCCCAUGCGAUUUCUGGGGAGUCUUCCGAAUCUCAUGAUUCUUCGACUGCUGGAUCGCUCCGUGGUGCAAAAUGAGAAUUUUUGUUGCCUGAGAAGAGGAUUCCGCAAGCUUAAGGUUCUUUGGAUCUGGCAGCUGGAGAGCCUCAAGAAGUUCGAAGCAGAGGAAGAGUCACUGCCUUGCUUGGAGGAACUGGAGAUCAGAUCCUGUAAGAAUUUGAUAAAGCUUCCUGAUCGACUUCAACAACUCAGAAAUCUCAAGGUCGUGAGGUUGACAGGUAUGCCGGCGGAUUUCGUGCAGAGAGAGGAGAUCAAAUAUGCUGAUGUUGCUUAUGUUCUUAAAUAUGAUCAAUGCAUACUCAGAAAUACGCGAACUGCCGCUUGAUCGAUCUCCAUCUUCUUUUGAAUGAUUUCAGUUGUUUGUUUUUUGCUAUUAGUCAGAAAACUACGGUAACGUUUGAUCUGCAUUUUCAUUUUUGAAUGAUUUUAGUUGUUUGUUUUGUUAUUGAGGUUAUGUUCGUGAACUAUUAGUACUCAGAAAUACCCAGGACUGGCUGGACUAUAAGGUCCCUUUAUAUAUCAAUAAACAUUUUAUAUACUCCAUUCGUCCCAA